AUGUCACGCAAUCGUGAUCUUCGUCUUCUGCUGAUCGGUAAAACAGGUUCAGGAGUGAGCACUUCUGGAAACACUAUUCUGGGAGCAAAUGUGUUUCCAACCGGGCACAGCCUGAACUCGAUCACUGACAGAUGUGAACAACAUACAGCUGAAGUGUCAAACAGAAGAGUUACAGUAUUUGACACUCCAAACUUCUUUAAUUCAAAUGACAUUGAUCUGAGUGUGGAGUUGAAGAGAGAAAUGAUGAUGUGUUCUUUAGGAAUCCACGUGCUCAUUCUGGUUCUUCGUUUAGAUACCCAACAACAUGCAGAUAUCAUGCCCUUAUAUAAGCAGAUGUUUGGCAAGAAUGCAGUGAAACACACAUUUGUCCUCUUCACACAUGGAGAUGAGUUUCAAAAUAAAUCAAUUGAACAACUAAUAAAAGAAAAUGCAGAGUUGUCCAAACUAACAGAGGAGUUUCGAGGGAGAUUUCAGUUGCUGGACAACAAAGAUCUGAAUAACAGAGAUCAGGUCACAAAACUCCUGAUGAAGAUUGAACAAAUGGUGUCUGACAAUGAGAACAGCUGCUACACUUUACAAAUGUUUGAAGCUCAGUCGCUCAAAGUGAUUCUGAAGCUGAAAUAUCUGUAUGCUGUCAGUGUUGUUGUGUUUGCAUUGGGUUGUGUGAAUAUGGAGAGUGAAAGUUACUGGGAUUUAAAAGCAUUUCUACAUGGUUGUGUUGGUGGGGUCUUGGCAGCAGCAGUAGGUGGUGCAGCAGGACACGUUUGGGCAAAGAUAUGGGAAAAUCAGAGCUGGAGGAUCCAGAAAUGUACAAAAAAACAUCUGAAAUUUGUCAAACUGCUGGGAGUCGUGUGUGGUUGUGCUGCUGGGAUGAUCAGUUGGUAUUUUGUGGGUUCAAUAGAAUCAUCAGCUGCAUUACUGAGAGUGAUAAAGGGGGGGCUUGUGGCUUACAUUGUUACCAGAUACCAUUUCAGAUAG